AUGGGUUUGAAGAAGCAAGCUCCUCGCCAAGAAGAAUAUUACGCUGAUGAAGUGGGUCUGAUUGAGGAUUUGAUAACUCAGGGUGCUGUUCCGCUGUCAACUUGCUGCUCACCAGUCUCAGUCAACCUGCAUACCUCCGAUGUCAUUGUUAAAUUUGGCACCAAACGAACAAAACAUACAAAUCCAUCCCCUCUCCAAUGUUUUAUCAUCGAUUCCAUUGUCUCUGAUGAUGACCAUGGCAAAAAUUACUCUGAUGAUGAUGAAGGUAAGAUCUGUUUAUCCCUCAGUAACUGGUGUCAAUAUUUUGUUUCCCGUCUGUCAUUGCCUGCAAGUUCGUCUGGAUUGCACCUAUUUUCGAGCGCCCAUUCCGAUGGAACAGUGGGCCGAACCCGGAUCCUCCGGACGGCGGGGGAACUCGCUACCGACUACACCGACAUGGCGCCCGGGGCGGCUGAUUAUUUUGUAUUACCCAGGUAUCGCGCCUGCCAAAUAACCCUUGCUGAGCUUUGUUUAAAACGGACGAAGCCGCGCAAUCUGACCUGUCACGCGGCACGAGCGGCUGUGUCGACGCCGAACGUCACAUCCCGAACGUACUGA